GUCAGCCUCGACCUGCCACCGGCUCGCGUCGACCGACCCGGCCGCGUGCCACACCUCCACAGCCCAGUGCGCCAGCCCGCAGAAGUUGCCCUCCUCGAUGCCCCAUCCCGUGGGCCACGCGGCCAAAGCGGUGCCGAGAGGCGGCGGCGGCGCCGCGGUCGCCUCGAGACGCGCCGCGACGGCGUCAAAGGCGAUCCGCCUCGCGCCCGUCGCGGCCGCCUCGGCCAGCAGCGCCUCCCCGGCCAGCCGCGGGAGGUCGCCCUCCGUCUCGAACCAGCACGACGAGCGGCCGUCGGCGCACGCCUCGUCCCACGCCUUGAGCUGGCGGACAAAGGCCGCCCAGCUCUUGAGGCCGGGCGAGGCCGCGGCGGGCGACGGGGCAAGGGAGCAGCCGGGCGAGGAGAGGCAGGAGGUGCUCGCCGGCGAGCGCUCCCGCGCCAGAAUGUGGCCGCAGGAAGAGCCUCCGGCGGGCCUCCGGCGGACGCCUGGCGGCGUGGCGCUGCGCGCCGGCCUGCGGCCCAAAGCCCGAACGAGCGGUCAAGUUAACUUGACGCGCCGAAUCCCUU